CCCGCAGUGUCUGUUUUGCUACGAGACUGCGCGCCGGAAAGCUACAUUGAUGGUAGCAAAGUACUGAUACAAACCAAAACAUAAGUAAGGCACACGACCUAGUAAUCCGGAAUCUAACCCGGUUUCGAGGAUCGUCUGCACAUUUUUUCGAGUGGCAGAGGGAUUUGAAAACAUUGUUUAGUCAAGUGAAAUUGGCUUUUCUUGUACUGUCAAUUUACGGCUAAAUCAGGCCCAGGUUACGUUAGCUGUGGAGCGUCCUUAUUGAUUGCACAGCAUAGCAAGUUGCAGAUCAGGCCUGCGCAACAAUGAGGAGGAAUUUUGAACCAUUCCUCUCCAAAAUUGUUGCAGCUCCGCAAGGUUCCUAAGAUGUCUGGUGUGAUUAGCUCUUAAGGUCAUGCCACACCAUUUCAGUUGGGUUGAGUUAGAAAAAGUGCCUAUUAAUGGAGAAAGUUCAGCAUUGUUGCUUCUCUUCCAUGGAGUGGCCAUCCUAUAGAUGACUGCAAGAGCUCAGCGCAGAAUGCUCAGUGAGGAAUGAGUGAUGACCUCUGUGGUGGUGUCCGAUGGAGGAGGGAAUAUAGUGGAGUAUGUCACGAUGGUGGAGGAGCCUCAACAAUGCGAGCAGCAGCCUGCUGAGGAGGAGGAGGAAGAUGAAGUAAUUCAGCAGGACGUAGACGCUGUGAUUGUGGGAGGAGGCGAGGAGGCGGAGGAAGAUGAAGUAAUUCAGCAGACGAUCGAGGCAGUGAUUGUGGGAGGAGGUGAAGACAUGGAAAAGAUGGGACGUGUGGUAGUGCAGGAGGAUGGAUGUCCUGCAGUGAUUGUGGAAGAGGUGGCCAGCGCCCAAGUGGAGGAGUGUUACUCUGCCCAGGUGCUGGUGUAUAAUGAUGAGACUUACCUGAUGCAGGAUGUGGCUGAGGAGCAGGAAGUUGUCACAGAAGUAGCAGAAACAGUGGAAAUGUCGAGUCAGGAAAUGGUGUGUUUCGAUAAAACCUUUGAAGCGGCUGAAGCUCUUCUACAUAUGGAGUCUCCCGGAGGUCUGCAUGACCGCAACACAGAAGAUGUCAUGAUGGAAACAGUUGUGGAGGUUUCGACAGAGUGUGGACCCAUGGAGGAGGAGGAAUCCUUCCCCAUCCCUCCUGAUUGUGAACCUGUCGCCAAAAAGAAGAGAGGAGCUGGACGUAAGGCAAAGCUGCACCAACCUAUAACUAAUGGGACCUUUGACCUGGGGAUUAAGAAGAGACAGAGGGAAGGAAAAGGCAACACCACCUACCUGUGGGAGUUUUUGCUGGAGCUGUUGCAGGACAAAAACACAUGUCCUCGAUACAUAAAGUGGAUGCAGAGGGAAAAGGGCAUCUUUAAAUUGGUCGACUCCAAGGCCGUGUCCAAACUUUGGGGGAAACACAAGAACAAACCUGAUAUGAACUAUGAAACAAUGGGCCGAGCCCUAAGAUAUUAUUACCAGCGUGGAAUCCUUGCAAAGGUGGAAGGUCAGAGGUUGGCCUACCAAUUCAAAGAUAUGCCAAAGAACAUUCGAGUCAUUGAGGAUGAUGAAGGUGAAGACAGCGAGGGCGUGGUGUCUAACCAGCCGGGUCCCAAAAUCCUGGGCACCACCACCACCGCUGCUGCCUACAACCCUCAGCAAACCUAUGUCACAAUCAUCCCCAAUACCACCACCACCAGGCCUAUCCGUGCCAUGCCUGUGGUAAUGACGAACUCUCUUGGUCAAGUGACAUUAAACACUUCCCCUAUCCUAACUACCACUGCAGGAACCCCAGUUACAGUAGCUAGCGCUAAUGCAGCCCCAAAAUUGGUCAUCCAGACCCUGCCCACCAUGCUGCCGUCUGGUUCCAAAGCAGGUGAGAAAAUAACAAUCAUCACUAUCCCAGCCAACCAGCUUGCCACGCUCAUGCAGGCGAAUCCAUCUGGCCACGUGACCCAGCUCAUACAGGCCAAGCCUGUCACUACACAUCUAGCACAGGCUUUCGCAAAGCCAGUGACAACCCCAGCUGUCCAUCUAGCUGUAGGCACACCAGUGCCACAGCUUAUGUUGGCCAAACCACAGCUCUCUGUACAUGUCCAAAGUCUCACCCAGAAAAAGGAGUCCUCCAACAGUCAGCCACAAUCAGAGGUCACAUCCCUCUUCAGUCAACCAGCAUUGCCAGAAGAAAGCCCAGCUUCCUGAAAAGUCAAACUUCAUUUGGGAUGGGUUUAGGGCAAAUUAUAAACUGUAAAUGCUGCAAAGGAAGGCAUGUUAUACCAAACCCCGAUCCCUUACCCACCACACAGUCCUCCUUUUUGACUGCCAAAGGCUGCUCUCAUCAUGGACAAAUUGAAACCCCAUAGAAAAGGAUCGAAACUGGUAUGUGAAAAAACGAAGUUAAAAGAUGGGCAGCCUUAGAUUGCGAAUGAAACAUUUGUAGUCAAACAGUAUAUAAACUCACUGAAAAGAUUUUGUAAAUGUAAAUGUACAGAUCAUUUUGAUACGAAGCAGGUAUGUUUUCUUCUCUUAAGUUGAGUUUGGUUGUCAUCUUUGUUUUACAGCUUUGUCCUUCCCCUUCACUGUUUUAAACACUGCAUUUUUUGUACUGCAAUUUAAAAGGGAGUCAAAAGAUAUAUCCAAAUCAGAAGUUAGAUUUGUGUUCUAUAUAUGAAGUAUAGUAAACUAUUAUUUCUUGCUAUCAGUUUUACUAAAAUGUGCUAUAAAAAAAGAAGAA